AAUGUUGUUAGUUUUGCAGGUGUUUUGGUCAUAGACCAAAGUAUUGGACAAACUGAAAUUCUGACCUUAUGAUGGCGCAGGUUUAAAAGUUAAGGCAUCACCAAUGUUAAUACAAUUCAUCCUGAGGGGAAAAUUCAUUUCUGUAUGAAAUUUCAUGCCAAUCCAUCUAAUAGUUGUUGGGACAUUUCAGUUUGGACCAAAGUUGUGUAAAAAAAAAAAAAAUUUCAUUGGAAACGCAAAAACCUUUAACCUUCUGGUGGCGCUGGAUGAAACGUCGGGAUCGUCAGAGUCAGUACGAUUCAUCCUGUGGAGGCCGUGAGUGUCUUCACAAAACAGUUGUCGAGACAUUUCAAUCUGAAUCAAAAUGGCGGCCUGACCGACGGACAUUGCCAUGCCUAGAGCCACGCUGCUAACGUGGCUAAAAUGUCAGGAACCACUGUGUGUACUUGUGUUUCAUGGUUUGCGUGUUUACAGGUAGUGUGCAGUAUCAACGUAUCAUUUAAAUACAUUUCACAGACAUGAAGAGGUAAAACUGUCCAAUAUUUCACAAAAAAGAUUAGAGAGAAAAAAAUGACACAAUAGCUAUAAUUAUGUGUUGCUUAAUUAUGUGUUUCUUCAAUCUCAUGACCCCUCACGUUUAUGCCACGACCCCUAAGGGAGCUGCAAACCACAGGUUGGGAACCGCUGCUUCAUACUGUAGUUAUACAAUUAUAAAUUUGAUUCCAGCCCAAAAUAUUAUGAGUUAGUUCUAUCAGUUUAGAAAAGUACAACGUACUACAUGGAAAAUAACCCUGAACACUGACGUACCGUUAGUGACGAUAAGUUGUUAUCAAAGUGACCUGGGUGCUGUUACAACAUCCAAACUGAGGAAGUUAUUAUUGCAAAACGCACACACACACGCACGCACGCACGCACGGCGGCACACACUCAUCACAUUUGUGCAUUCAUGCAGUCAUUGUUGUGUGAGGGUGUGACAAUCUCCAGAUAAGUCAGUACAGUUUAUCUAUUAGCAAUAUAUCUGCCACACACUCCGCUUGUGUGUGUGUGUGUGUGUGUGUGUGUGUGUGUGCGCGACUGAGAGAGCAGCGGUUUGGAUUGCGCAGUGUAUGCCUCUCCCUCAACAGCACGUGAGCUGUAAUACUCCAUAUGGCCUGAUGACGUCUAUACUUCCUAAUCUCUCUCUGUGUCUCUCUCUCCCUCCCCGAGGCUUUAUAGGCAGCAGUGAACAGUGGGAAGUCAGAUUCCUGCAUUCACACAGAGACAAACACAUCUGCCACUGUCUCCUGUUACAGGGAAAACACUUUGAGCGUAGCCAGGAAGCUUAAAUUAGCUUAGACAUAAACAUACAGUAUCAGUAUACAGUGUUAGCGUUAAAAGGAGGCGUUAAGGACUCAAGUGCAGGGUGGACGUAGCUGUGGACUGUGAUGGAGACUAUGGUGUGUCCGAUGGGUGGAGGGGCCACCAGGCUGUACAGCGCCCUGACUCAGACCCACAGAGGCAGCUCUCCUCUCCCCCUCCCUCCGUCCCAUCUGGACCCCCACCAGCCUGCGGACACAAACCUGGAUCCGGAUUCCUGCCAGCACAAGGGGUCCGAUCCAGUGGAGCUGCUUCGACAGUGCGAGGAGGCCCUCAGGGACCGACCACCUCGCUUCCACAGGAAGUUCACUCACUUCAAUGAUGGAGACGGCGCCCCCAGCAGCCCCAUCAGGAUGAUGCAGUGGAACAUACUGGCCCAAGCUCUGGGCGAAGGACUUGACAGUUUUGUCCAGUGUCCCCCGGAGGCCCUCAGCUGGUCCCGCAGGAAGUACCUCAUCUUAGAGGAGAUCCUCACCUACCGACCACAUAUCCUGUGUCUGCAGGAAGUCGACCAUUACUAUGACACCUUCCAGCCAGUUCUGGCAGGCCUGGGUUACAGCAGCAACUUUUGCCCUAAACCCUGGUCGCCAUGCCUGGAUGUGGAGGGCAACAACGGCCCCGACGGCUGCGCGCUGUUCUUCGAUCAGUCGCGAUACGAGUUCCUGGAUAGCAUGAGCAUACGGCUGUCUGCCAUGAGGAUUCCAACCAAUCAGGUUGCUGUGGUGACGAUGCUACGUUGUCGGCGCACGGGAAGAUGCGUGUGUGUGGCCGUGACCCACCUGAAGGCUCGUUCUGGCUGGGAGUGGCUCCGCAGCGCCCAGGGCUCCGACCUCCUGCGACACCUCCAGAAUCUGGUCCAGAAACACGCCGGCGGGCCCACGGGUGCCCCUAGCUCUGACAUUCCACUGGUCAUAUGUGGCGAUUUCAACGCAGUCCCAACUGAGGAGGUCUACCGGCGUUUCAGUGGGUCGCCUCUCGGUUUGGACUCGGCCUAUAAGAAACUCAGUCAAGACGGUUUGACUGAGCCGGAGUACACGACAUGGAAGAUUCGGCCUACAGGGGAAUGCUGUACCACUCUGGACUACAUUUGGUACAGUCAGGACACACUGAGAGUGGACGCAGUUUUGGACAUGCCCACGGAGGAACAGAUUGGGCCAAACAGGCUUCCGUCCUUUAGCUAUCCAUCUGACCACCUUUCUCUGGUUUGUGACUUUAGCUUUAAGGAGGAGUGAGAAGGAAACGCUGAACAAGCACACAGGAAGGGGCGACGCUGUGAAGAGAGAGUCGAGGUUGGCUUCACUCGACAAGAAGGCGUGCAGGUGAGGCGCCACAUGCGAGUGAACCGGACAGGAUGAAGACAGGAGGCCGAGGAACCAGAGUGGGAAGUUAGUUAUUGUGACUGGACUGAAAAGUCAGAUAACUUAAUGACGCUGAAGUUGCAGUGAUACGUGCUGCAACAACAUAGUCUACCUCCCCAAAGCCUAACACUGUGCGAGUGUGUUUUCUGCACCAGGUUACUGUCCUGUACCUUCAUCUGUACUCAAACACAAACAAGCACAGUGAAACUCAAGAAUGGGAUUGGAAACUUGUUUGUUUUUAUUAGUUAAAAAUAAUCUUAGAAUCAAUUAGUUUCAUUGAAACUGCAGUAAAUGUGCUUCCCACUGCCAGUGUACUACAGAGUGACAGAAUAAAGUGUUUUUGCUGCACCUA